AGUAGUAGCCCAAGUUCCAACUCAUUAGAUUCCAGUUUUCUUUUCUCAAUAGAAUCACCCUCUACCAAUUGCCAUUAAAAAUAUUUCUCUCUCUCUUUCCACAUACUAUAUAGUUGAAGAAGAAAAAGAAGUAAAAAUCUGGAGAAAAAUUUGAUCAAACAUGUCGGAACCAGCUCCUAAGUCAAAGGAGUCGAUGAUGAUGGAUCUUGAUCUUGAUAUCGAUGCUUCAUGGUCGUUUGAUCAGAUUUUUGCUGCAGUUUCGUCUAAUCCUACGUCUCCUUUCUUGCCUUGUUCUCCUCUUUGGGCUUUUUCUGAUGAUAAUGAUGAAAAAAACGCCGUUAUCAUCAGUCAUCCAAGAUUUGUCGCUUACACUGGUGAUCCCGAGUCUACAACUGAAACUAUCUCUGUCAAUGCUGAUAAAGGACGACUUCCUCAACCAGUUUCGGGACGAACACCUGGAGAUUAUCCAGAUGGGUCUUGUGUAAUCAAGGAGAGGAUGACACAAGCGCUUAGAUACUUAAAGGAAUCCACAGGAGAGCGAGUUUUAGCUCAGGUCUGGGCACCUGUAAAAGAUGCUGGUCGGUCUGUACUCACAACUUCAGGGCAACCCUUUGUUCUUGACCCAGAGUGUAAUGGGCUUCAUCAAUAUCGAACAGUUUCUCUGAUGUAUAUGUUUGCUGCGGAUGGAGAGACUGAUGGAGUACUUGGACUUCCGGGCCGUGUCUUCCGCCUUAAGUUGCCUGAAUGGACACCAAACGUGCAAUAUUACUCCAGUAAAGAGUUCCCUCGGCUUGAUCAUGCUCUGCAUUACAAUGUUCGAGGAACUUUAGCGCUGCCUGUGUUUGAACCAUCUGGACAAUCUUGUGUUGGUGUACUGGAGCUCAUAAUGACCUCCCAAAAGAUCAACUAUGCUGCUGAGGUGGAUAAAGUAUGCAAAGCACUGGAGGCUGUAAAUUUGAAAAGUUCAGAGAUAUUGGACAACCCAAACACUCAGGUCUAUGUGAUGGGGUAUGUGAACCAGAUUUGCAAUGAAGGCCGACAGAAUGCAUUGGUUGACAUUUUGGAGAUACUAACUGCAGUAUGUGAAACAUACAAACUGCCUCUGGCUCAGACAUGGGUCCCAUGCAGGCAUCGUAGUGUUCUGGCUGAUGGUGGUGGAUUGAAAAAGAGCUGCAGUAGUUUUGAUGGAAGCUGCAUGGGACAGAUCUGUAUGUCCACAACAGAUGUAGCAUUUUAUGUGGUUGAUGCACACAUGUGGGGUUUCCGUGAUGCUUGCGCGGAGCAUCAUUUACAAAGGGGACAAGGAGUUGCUGGAAGAGCAUACGCUUCACAAAAGUCAUGCUAUUGUGAAGAUAUCACACAAUUCUGCAAAACUGAGUACCCCUUGGUACAUUAUGCACGCUUGUUUGGGUUGACCAGUUGUUUUGCCAUCUGCUUACGGAGCAGUCACACCGGCAAUGAUGAUUAUAUUCUGGAAUUUUUUCUUCCACCGAAUUCUGGGGAUUACAGUAACCAGCAGGCCUUGCUUAACUCGAUCUUAUUGACAAUGAAACAGCACUGCAGGAGUCUCAGUAUUGCUUCCGGAGGGGAACUUGACUAUGACUGGAGCUCAGUUGAGAUUAUUAAGGCUUCUAUGGAAGAGAAAAUUGACUUGAAGCCUGAGUCUGUACCAAUACCGAAAUCUCUUCCUCAGCCCACUAGUUUACCAAAUGGAUGGACACAUCUUGAUCUAUUGGGAGAGCAGCAGUUGGCAGUGGGAUCCGAUGUUGCAAAAGGUGAAGCCCCUAAUCAUGUAUCUAACUCUGAAAAUGAAGCGACAGGAAAGAAAUCAGAGAGAAAACGUGGCAAAGCAGAGAAAACAAUAAGCUUAGAGGUUUUGCAACAGUAUUUUGCUGGAAGUCUUAAGGAUGCUGCAAAGAGUCUUGGUGUUUGCCCUACCACAAUGAAACGCAUAUGCAGGCAGCAUGGGAUCUCUAGAUGGCCAUCUCGCAAGAUAAAUAAAGUCAACCGUUCCCUUUCAAAGCUAAAGUGUGUAAUUGAAUCCGUUCAAGGAGGCGAAGGUGCAUUUACUCUGACUUCACUGGCACCAAAUUCACUUCCUACUGCUGUUAGUUCUAUUUCUUGGCCUGCUUGUACAAAUGGUUCCAAUCUACCAAGUUCACCAUCGUCUAAACCUUCCGUAUUUCCUGAGAAAAAUGAGUCCUCCAACCAUGGAACACCAGAAAAUCACGAAGAACUCACUCCUCCGCAGAAUGGUUUUCUGCAUGCUGAAGGCUCAUGUAAGUCCAGAACGGGGAGUGUUUCAAGAGAAGAGAGCGCAGGGACACCUACGUCCCAUGGUUCAUGCCAAGGCAGUCCUCAGAACGAGCUGGUUAAUUCACCACCUCGUGAGUCGUGCAUGAAAGUGGGAGGCUCCCUGGAAGCAGCUCGUCAGACCACAACAGAAAUCAACUUAUCUUCUGCAGUCCAAAAGCCUAGGCCUUUUAUUCCAGAACAUGAAGCAUUUGGGAGAAUGCUAGUCGAGGAUGCAGGCAGCUCUCAUGAUCUGAGAAAUCUUUGUUCACACGGAGACGCUGCUCUGGUGGAUGAACGUGUCCCAGAAUACAAUUUGUCGAACCCACCUUUUCCCGAUGCAACUGCGAAGGACCCUGUUUAUGUUCCCACUGACACAAUGCCACAGUGUUCUGCCUGGCCUGAAGUGAUAUCCGUUACAAUAAAAGCAACAUAUAAGGAAGAUAUCAUAAGAUUUCGGCUUUGUUUAGAUUCUGGUAUUGUUAAGUUGAAGGAAGAAGUAGCAAAAAGGCUUAAGUUAGAGCUUGGUACUUUCGACAUCAAGUAUCUAGAUGAUGAUCUCGAGUUGGUUUCGAUUUCUUGUGAUGCAGAUUUGCAGGAAUGUGUCGAUAGCUCAAGAUCAUCGGGCAGCAGUAUUGUGAGAUUGGUAGUUCAUGAUAUUAUGUCCAACCUAGGGAGCUCCUGUGAGAGUUCAGGUAAAGGAUAAUGAAAUAGGUUGUAAAUACAUAAUACUAGUCAAGUAAUUCUUGUAAUACUAGGAUCUUGUCCACUGUAUGUAUAGAUUUUGAUUGACAGGUUCUCUGUAAUUGUAACAAAUUUUUCAAUUGUAUCAAGCCUCUGAGGAAAUUAAUUGUGUUUUUCUUGUUUC